GAUGAAAGGAAACUGAGAGUGUCUCUCUGCGGUUCUACCGUUUGGAUACUGCCAAGAAAUGCCUCUGGGACUGUAUCUUUGAGUAAGAUCUCAUCAGUCGCAUGCAGGUACUUGAAGGUUAAACAACUGGUGAACAACUAGAGUGAACUCGAUUACACCACGAAUGUGCUAUAAGUGUUGGUGUAUUCAAGAUGGAGUUGCAAGCGAAUCCCACGACAGUUACCGGUGAGAAACACUCGAAACUCAGAGAGACUGCAUUCGAGGGAUCGAAAAUUAGUGUCAAUGGUGAUAACUAUGGAGUAUUUCGGUCGAAUGAUCCGAUUCUCGCAAUCACAAAUCGGAGAACGAGCACAAGAUCGCAACCAGAUCAUAUUACUGCGGAUCACCCUACGUCGUAUUGCGAAACGAUGAUGCACUUGUUCAAAGGAAAUGUUGGUUCAGGAAUUUUUGCACUUGGUGAUGCGUUUAAAAAUGCCGGAUUGACACUUGCACCACCUCUCACUAUAUUCCUGGGGAUCAUCUGUGUACAUGCCCAACAUAUACUACUUAAUUGCAAUGACGAGGUGAUCAGGCGUCUCGGUGAUUCGGCAAAACAGGAAGCACUUGGAUAUGCAGCAACAGUGGAGAUGUGUUUCGAAAUUGGUCCACUCCGGUUACGAAAGUUUUCAGUAUUAAUGAGAAAGAUGGUAAAUCUAUUUGUGUGUGUAACGCAGCUUGGAUUUUGCUGCGUUUAUUUUGUCUUCAUAUCGACUAAUAUGCAACAGGUAUUGGAUCAGUACGGAUUUCAUGUGAGCGUCGGAUGGCACAUGGCAAUUGCACUGGUGCCCAUUCUUAUGAGCACUUGGAUCAGAAGUUUAAAAUUUCUAACACCUCUUUCAUCAAUCGCUAAUUUGUUAGUCGUCUUUGGAUAUGUUGCGACUAUUUACAUUAUUUGCCACGAUCUGCCGCCCGUUAGUGAGAGAAAUUAUGUCGCUAAUUGGAAUCAACUACCUCUUUUCUUCGGUACUGUGAUUUAUUCUUUCGAAGGUAUUACUUUGGUGCUGCCAUUAAAAAAUGAAAUGAGAAGACCAACACAAUUCAACAGUCCCAUCGGUGUAUUAAACGUUGGAAUGGUAAUUGUUGGCAUGAUGUUCGUAGUUAUGGGCUUUUUGGCUUACCUUCAGUUUGGAGAGGAAGUAAGCGGCUCGGUUACCCUUAAUCUCAAUUCCAAAGAGAUAUUGCCGCAGUGUAUCAAGAUCGCGAUAUCCCUCUGUAUCAUGCUUUCGUAUGCUCUUCAAUUCUACGUACCAAUUGCCAUAGUUUGGCCUAGAUUAAUCGAAAAAUAUGGGGAGUUUCGUUGUCCCGUUUUAGCUGAAACGUGCUUCCGGUCUCUCUUGUGUCUCCUCACGUUUGUUUUAGCUGAGGCAAUCCCGAACUUGGGAAAUUUCAUAUCACUGGUCGGUGCUGUUAGCAGUACAGCACUGGCCCUUCUGUUCCCUCCGAUAAUCGAAUUAGUUGUUUGUGCGGGGAAUAAUACCCUCGGAUCAGUGAAAAUUAUGAAGAAUAUUGGGAUUCUUUUGAUCGGAGUUCUAGGAUUUUUAACUGGCACCUACGAGAGUCUCACAAAAAUCAUCAACUCAUUCAACGAACCGACCAAUACCACGAGCCCAAUGACUACACCCGUCCUAUCGAUGUCCAAUUAUUCAUCGCACGAUAUCGGAAAUAAUCUCACAAAUUUCAAUAUCACGAACCUUAGUAAUUAUUAAUAAAAUACACUAGACAUCUAGUCCAACAAAGACAGCAGAAUAUUUUACCUAAAAAUUGUAUUUCAUAGGUGUUAAGUAAUGUGAUAAAGUCUUCAGUCGUGUUUUUCAAUUCGUAUAAUUAGAUAUGUACAGUUUCGAACGUAAAUAUGUACCGUAAUUUAUUUAUUCUUACAUUAAUGAAUUUUCUAGAAACAACAUAUGUUAUUAUGAAUGGUUAAUAAAUGAAUGACAAAAC